UCCAAAUGUUUACUUUGGACACGAUCACUAAGAGUCGCACAUUGCGCUCUUUUCCUCUCCCACAGUCUCCGUCUCUCUUCUCGCCCCUGCCGCUGUCCUCCAGCGUUUACGCAAUGAUCUUAACCUAUUCCAUGCUAAGACGGUCACCUUAAAGGAGUUUUGAUUUUACGGACAAACCUCUUGGGAUUUUAUUCUAUCCAGUUUGAUUAUUUUUCCUAACCCGGUGUUUGCGCUGAGGUGGGGAACCGUGGAAAGAUACCACAGGUGAAUGGAGCUUUAACGACGCUGCGGUAGAGAUGAUUGAACAGUUUACGGGUUGCAUGAGCGCAGUCAGUGCCUGAUCUGACAGAACCCGAGUUUUUCCGGCACUUUGUGAUAACUGAAGCGGACCGAAUCAGCUUUUUGAAUGCACCAAAACACACAAAAAACACUGUUUCCUAAAGGAUGAUAUGACCUUUUCUUUUGCGCAGUGCCUGGUGGCUGCUUUCCUGUCAGUUUGUUGGAUCUUUGGCAUGCCUUUUUGCGGGAUUACACGCGGAGAUAUGAGCGCACAAAGAAACCGAGUUGGAUUGUGAAAAGACAAAAAAAAAAAAAAAAUAGAUUUAAAAAAAAAACUUGCUUUUUAUUUUUAUUUUCCAAAGCGGGGAGUGCUUUGUAGUGAUCAAUGGCUUCAGUGUCGAGGUCGGCAAGGCGCAACGAUGUCACUCGAUGGCCGAGGGUGUCGUCAACUUUUUGGGUUGUGGUGCUCCUGACCGCGCUGUUGGUCCUCUACUGCGGCCAGCUGGCAGCGGGGACAUGUGAGAUUGUGACGUUGGACAGGGACAGCAGCCAACCACGGCGGACCAUCGCCAGGCAGACGGCCCGCUGCGCCUGUAAGAAGGGCCAGAUCGCCGGAACUACAAGAGCCAGACCCGCCUGUGUGGACGCUGGAAUUGUUCGAAAAAGGCAGUGGUGUGAAAUGGUUCCAUGUUUGGAGGAUGAAGGCUGUGACCUGUUAGUCAAUAAAUCUGGAUGGACUUGUACACAGCCGGGAGGCCGAGUCAAAACCACCACGGCUCUAUGACGCGACAAGAGCUCCCAUCGACAUUCUUGCACUAUGGAGAGCAUUGACGACCCCUUGACAGACAGCCCAAAGCCACCUACCAACACCACCACCACCACCAACACAACAGCAGUCCUAUCCUUACCCUGGUGCCACAAGCAGGACAAGCAGUCGCAGAUCACCAAGGGCCUCUUUGAGGCAGCAAGGUGUCAUAACACAGCCAGUGGUGCCAUACACAGGAGCGACUGACUGAGGGAGUUUGCUCCCCCCUCGGGACACCAGACAAACUCACCGUUACACACUUCCCGCCUCCUCUCACUUGUACCUCUGGGUUUCCGACCGCUCCCUCACGCCGUCUGUCACCGGGUCAACAACCUUCCUCCUCGUCACUGCAUCUGCCUGUUCGAUAAAAGAGUUUUUACGCCACGAAGGACCGGACACCUUAAAAGGCUUUUUUUUUUUUUGUCGUUGGAAGUCCAGUUUUAAGGAGCCGCUCGCUGCAUUUAAAAAGGGAUUCCCAACCUCCCCGACCACCUCUCCAAAUCUUUCUGUAGUGCAGGAGUUUCCAGAGCACAGCUGGGAUCAUUACAGACCGAACCCUGUUGCUUCGGACUACUUGACGAGGCCGUAAAAACCAAACUGUGCGUUCUCUGCUGUGAAUAGGCCUUCUGCUGGAGUGAAACUCCUUUAUUUUUAUAGACCAAAGAGCAAACCAACAAAUAUGAUCAUUACAACGGAGGUGGCAAAAAGACACAUAUUAUUCGUGGAGUUUCUACAGAAUCUCUGCGAGAACGAUCAAAUCAAAGAAGCCCUUUUAAAAAUCUUCUGGACAUUUUUUUUUUUUUUUUUCCUCAGACUGAAGCCCACAACUUGUAUUUUGAAACUGGAAAUAUAGAUACUGCAUACGUAUAACAAUGUAUCAAAAAAAAAAGAAAAAGAAAAACUCAAUCUGAUUUGUGAUUUUUUUCAGUAGCAAUGGUUUUGGACGGAACUGUCACGGGAAUCACAUCAAAGGAAAUGCUAGACGUCUACGGAGAGUAUGGAUGCUGUGGAGUCUGAAAAGGCGGAGCUAAGAAUUGCCAUUAAAUGUAUUUUGAAAGGCCCUUAAAAGUUAUAUAUUUAACAAUUUUAUAUGUUGUACCUUUGUAGAGAAGCUUAUUGGACUUAAAUGUGGUCACAAUGGCAGUUUAGUAGAACGUGAACAAACGCUGUUCUCAUUACUGCUGGCUCGUAGUCUAUGGUUUUCUGUUCACACCUCAGUAGCUGCUUUCUUUUCAUGGUUAUCUACAAGUCACAGUCUUAUUAGAACCAUUAUUGACAAAAAAAAAAAAAAAACGGAAAGCGAAACAAUUUCUUGAGGACUGACGUGCAGCCCACAGACAUUGUAAAUCUAUGGUAGUCAGUGGAAGCCAUUGAAACCUGCUAAUUUGCUAUGAUAUUGUAUUGUACACGAUGUGGAAUACUGAUUCAUUUCCUCUCUA